UGGAUCGAGCAAUGUGACUUCCCUGACUGACAUGCUGGAUCUGUAACUCUCCCACAAAGACAAGUGCCAGUACGGUCACGACCAUGGGAUCACGCGCCGGCCGCACGCCACUUUACGCAUACGCCUGCGUCUAUUUAUUGGUGGUCACCCUGCAAGGGGCGCGAUGUCAGCGGACUAAUAACAAGCCCAAAGCCGCCGCCCUCCGGCAGACUCUGCAGUGGUCGCACAACGGCAACGUCUUCAGCAUCCUGACGCAGGGCGCGGAGUACCAGCCGCCCAGACGCCGGGGCGCGCCCCAGGAGCGCGUCCUGCAGCCGCGCCCGCUCAUCACCGUCAUCCACGACAACACCCGCCAGGAGCCGCAGUCACCUGCUGCCGCUCCCGGGCCGGCCGCCUCCGAGACGCUCCCGUCGGCGCUGCAGCGGCUGGUGCGCGGGCGAGAGCACCGCAAAGUCCAGCAGGAGGAGCCGGAACAGAGCCGGCAGAAGAAUGACACCCGGGAGAAAGUCACCGUCAGCCCGCCUCUGGCCAGGGAGGACAUGAUGAUGGGCGACGACCCCUACGACCCGUCCAAGUCCAUAGACAGCGACAACCCGUACUACAACCACUAUGACGUGUACGAGAGGCCCAGGUCCAGAUCCAGACCCGGAUAUGGCACAAGGUACCAUCAGUACGGUCUUCCCGACCUGGUGCUUGACCCUUACUACAUUCAGACGGCCGCUUACGUCCAGAGCAUGUCGAUGUACAACCUGAGAUGUGCGGCCGAGGAGAACUGCUUGUCGAGCUCAGCCUACUCGGCGCGGGACUACGACAGCCGCAUGCUGCUGCGCUUCCCCCAGAGAGUCAAGAACCAGGGCACGGCCGACUUCCUCCCCACCAGGCCGCGCUACGCCUGGGAGUGGCACAGCUGUCACCAGCACUUUCACAGCAUGGAUGAGUUCAGUCGCUACGAGCUGCUGGACACGGCCACGCAUCACCCGGUGGCCGAGGGACACAAAGUCAGCUUCUGCCUGGAGGACACGUCCUGCGACUACGGCUACUACAGACGCUACGCCUGCACCUCGCACUCACAGGGCCUGAGUCCGGGAUGUUACGACACCUACAACGCGGACAUCGACUGCCAGUGGAUCGACAUCACGGACGUCAAACCGGGGAAUUACAUCCUCAAGAUCAGCGUGAACCCCUUCUACCAGGUGCCGGAGGAGGACUACAGCAACAACAACGUGCGCUGUGACGUCCGCUACACGGGGAACUACGCAUACCUGUCCGGUUGUCACGUGUCGACGUAUUAAUGGAGGAUGAUUGGCAGCUGUGUGACUGACACUGAGGAGGACUGCAUAUGGAAGUCUUUACAAGUAGAAAUGUUUGUUCAGUUUAGACGUGACUAGAAUCUGACUGUUGUCUCUGCAUGCUGUGUUCCUUCUUUGUGUGAAAGCCUUUGAUUUGCCUUUUAUUAUUUCUCUUUCCCUUUAAAGCAUCCCAAAUCAUAAAAAGCUUUAAAAUUGUUUUGGAAUGUAAAAAAAAAAGAAACAUUUAGCCUUUUUUUUUUUUUUUUAAAUCACUGUCAAUGUGACAGUCUAGUGCACAGGUGUCAAACUCAAGGCCCGGGGGCCAAAUGUGGCCCACCACUUCAUUUUAUUUGGCCCUGGAAAUAAUAUUUAUCAAUAAAGUACUGUAACUUUUCUUACUAAAUGUAUUAUUUCUAUCUAUUUUGGGAGAAGAACUACAUGUACUCCAAUUAUGUUAACUUAAAUAUUGUCUAAUUAUGCAAAAAUGUAUUAUCAAACAUUCAAAGCAUGUUUUAGAUAGAAAUUAAUACUAAUAAUAAUAAUUUCAAAGCAAGUUAUCCAUCAAAUUGUGCAAUGUAAAAGUAGCAAUAGAUUUCAUGGUCAAAUUGUGACAUUUACUGUGGGUUUUACAGCAUUUUUCUCUAAAUGAAAACAACUUUUUUUACUGUAAUAAACGGUGGUGCCAUUUUGGCAUUUAUGGUAAUACACCGAAAAAUCUACAGUUGUUGAUUUGCAGUAAAAAAAAUAUUUUUUUUUAAACCGGCAGCUCAGGUGCCAAAAUUUUAAAUUAUGUAAACUUAAAUAUUGUCUAAUUAUGCAAAAAUACAUUAUCAAACAUUCAAAGCAUGAUUUAAAUGGAAAUAAAUGCUAAUAAUAAUGAUUUGAAAGCAAGUUAUCCAUCAAAUUGUGCAAUGUAAAAGUAGCAAUAGAUUUCAUGGUCAAAUUGUGACAUUUACUGUGGUUUUUACAGCAUUUUUCUCUAAAUGAAAACAACUUUUUUUACUGUAAUAAAAUGUGGUGCCGUUUUGGCAUUUACAGUAAUACACCGAAUAAUCUAUAGUUGUUGAUUUGCAGUUAAAAACAUUUUUUUAAAAAAAGGCAGCUCAGGUGCCUAAAUUUUACUGUAAAAUUGCAGGUUUUUUAAUUUACAUUAAAAUAACAUAUGUAAAUUUUACAAUAAAAUUCUGGCAACUGAGCUGCCUUUUUUUUUUUAAUUUACCAUAAAAACAAUAGUACUGUUUUUCCAUUUACAGUAAUAUACUUGAGAUGAAAUGAUUAUAACUUUCCUUUUUUUUUUUUUACAUUUUAGUUUUUUUGAAAUCUACUAAUAAAAUGCAUAAAAAAAAUAGUGUAAUAGUAUUCACUGCCAGAAGCGGCCCUCGGGGGCCAAACAUAACUGCGAUGUGGUCCUCAGUGAAAACGACUUUGACACCUCUGGUCUAGUGAGUCUUACUUGUUUAAGUGUUAUUUAGUAGUGGGUUUGGAACGUGUUUUAGUAUGUAUCUUAUUUGGAAUAAAAGAUGGUGAUACUGUA